AUGGCAGCCCUUCCAGCUGUCCACGCUGGCCGUCGAUCGCCUGCUAGUCUUGCAUCCAUACCUCCACGCGUCCACCAGGCAUCAUCACAUGUGCUCUCCAGUCCGCUCCUCGCCCCGUCCAUUGAGAACUUGACACCCCUCGACCUCAACUCAACGCCUGCUCCCCUCCCUCCCUGUCUGCUUGCCCCUUCGUCCCUCGAUAUGAUCGUGCCCGUUCAGGGCUCGUCCGACAAGCCCGAACCUGACGCCGAGCCUAACGCCGAGCCUUUCUCAAAGCGGCGCCGCCUCGAAGAGCCUUCUAUGAUGCUUCCGGACCUGGAAGCGGACUGCAGCUCUGACGUCAGCACUUCAUCCGCAGAGCACGCAACGCAAGGGACGCUACAACCAGCGCUACAGCCGCAACAACAGCAGCAGCAGCAGCGGAGGCCGGCGUCCCUGUCGGAUUUGAGCGAGGAUCUUCUAUUGAAGGUGCUUCAAUCGGGGCAUCCGACGGCGUGGGAUUUGUGCCGGCUCUCGUGCGUGAACCGGCAGUGGAAGCAGCUGUGCUACAGCCGCGUCUUCUGGACCAAGCUCCGCAUCGGCCCGGGCAGCAUGCAUCCAGGCGUGGAGCUGCUCGCGGCGCGCUGCGCCAACCUGACGGACCUCUACGUGGACGACCCGCGGUGCGAGCUGCACAUCCUGCACCCCAUCAUCGUCGCAUGCAGCGACUCGCUGCGACGCAUCGCCGUGUACCUGAUGGUGAUUGGCUGGCGAAACCUGUCGUGUCUGCGCAUCCACAUGGGGGCGCUAGAGGUCGAAGACCUAUUGGCUCUGCGCAAGUGCACGUCUUUAAGGGUUUUGGAAUUAGUAGGAGGCUCUAUCCACACCCUACCCGCCGCUCUCGGCGCUCUUCCCUCGUCAGCCGCCGCGCCCGCAUCCACUUUCCCCUGGCUCGGCACGAGCCGACUCGCCGUAGGCUCGGGAACAGGUUCGGGGACAGGCUCGGGGACGGGUUCGGCAGCGCCGGACGCGUUUCACCCGGAGCUGGAGGUGCUGAUUCUGACGGACGUGGACUUUGAUGCGGCGGUAGUGGCGACUAUCGCGCUCCGGU